UCAUCCCCAGAGCAUCUACUCUCAGGUUAUCGGCUGUUUUAGCAGUGUACUCUAUCAUUGGGUAGUCACCAAAGCUGAUUCCAUUAGGGUUACCUCAUUGUCUUGACAGGCAUAGGGCCAGGGGAUCACCUCUUUAGCUUAGCAUGCUCCUGCUGAACUGCUAGAUGAGAUGCCAAGGGAAAAGACACGGCAUCUAGACAAAGACUUGUUCUUUGGGAUGUGGUAUAACAUGGACUCUAUAUGAACAGUCGACAGUGGACAGGUCCUUUUGGCUCUCUGAGCAGCACCAUGGCGGUAGGCAAGAACAAGCGCCUUACAAAAAGGCGGCAAGAAGGGAGCCAAGAAGUGGUUGAUCCAUUUUCUAAGAAAGAUUGGUAUGAUGUGAAAGCACUGGCAAUGUUCAAUAUAAGAAAUAUUGGAAAAACAUUAGUCACCAGGACUCAGGGAACCAAAAUUGCUUCUGAUGGCCUCAAGGGUCGGGUAUUUGAAGUGAGUCUUGUUGAUCUGCAGAGUGAUGAAGUUGCGUUUAGGAAGUUCAAGCUAAUUACUGAGGAUGUUCAGGGAAAAAACUGCCUGACCAACUUCCAUUGCAAUUGGAUCUUACCCGUCAUGACUACCGGUCCAGCAUACAGUCACACCUGUGGAUAGGUCUUUGUACCAGCGCGGGGGGCAUGAGGUUCUU